AUACUGAAGCUAGUUACAUGAUUAUCUGUCAUAAUUGCAAAUAAAACUAAAUUUUUAUGUUUGGGGUGUUUUCUGUUGUCAGUCUUAUUAUUGGGGUACUUUCUGAAUUAUUUUUAGAGUUCAACCAUGUGGAAGGAAAAUGCAUUUGGUAAAUAUAUAUACAACACGACAAAAUAUGUUGCUUGUUCUUGUGUUGGAUUUAUUAUUAAUUAUGUUUUUUUUUCAUGGUGUUAAAAUAUAUUCUAGUUUGCAUUUUACUGCUUCACAUCAACAUAUAUAUCUAUAUAUAUAUUGACUUAAAUUUUCUUGCAGCAUCAUUCUAUCAGAAGACUGAAGCAAGGCAAUCUCGCUCUCCUUCUGCCAUUGUCAUUGGUGGUGAAUUUGCAGGGAUUGCAGCUGCUCAUGCACUGAAAAAUGCAGCUUUUCAGGUUGUGCUUUUAGAAUCUCGGGAUAGAAUUGGUGGUCGAGUUCACACUAACUACUCAUUUGGUUUUCCUGUUGACAUGGGAGCAGCCUGGUUGCAUGGUGUCUGCAACGAGAAUCCAUUGGCAUCUUGGAUUGGAAGAUUUGGUCUACCAAUUUAUCGAACUUCUGGUGACAAUUCUGUCUUGUAUGAUCAUGACUUGGAGAGCUAUGCACUCUUUGAUGAUGAUGGACAUCAAGUGCCUCAAGAUCUAGUGGAAAAAGUUGGUAAGGUGUUUGAAACCAUUCUGGAAGAGGCUAACAAACUCAGGUAUGAAACAAAUGAAGACAUGUCUAUAGCACAGGCUAUUAAGCUAGUCAUGGAGAGGCAUUCAAUAUGAUGCAUUAUUAAUGAAUUAAGUCUACUUUAUGAGAUUUCAGAUUUUUUUAUUAUUCAUAGGCAUUUAGUUUAGAUCAAGUGACAUUUCUUUAUCUUCUUCUUACAGGUGGAGUUUGAAGGAUUAGGAGAAUUAAGAAGCAAGG